GUAAUACGACUAGAAAGGAAGAAAAUGUCGAGUUGAGUUGUCAAAAAGUUGGCAUUUUUUCCAUCUGUUUGGUGUAGCGAGCUAUUUUCAUUAGUUAACGACGAUUAAUUUAUAACUACGAAUACAAACGUGGGAGUACGAGUUAUGUCUAGUUAUGUGAUGACAUAAUUGGGUACUAAGAAGUGGUUAUUCCCGCGAUCUGAACUGGACAUGGAGAACGAAGCGGAGUCCCCCGCCGCGGCGGCACCGUUUACGGAGAUGGAGGGCUACAAAGAGAGCGAAACAGACUACUCCAGCAUCAGGGGAAAGAUGGUGCUGGUGAGUCCAUCGGCAGACGAGUAUGACCUGCUGCGGAAGCAGCUCAUGGAAAGGCUGGAGGCAGGCAACGGAGAAAUCAUAUAUGACAUAGGACAAGGAGAGGACGGACGAGGGCUGACAGAGGACGAGUACAGCGCAUCAGUGGCCACACUACAGUCGCUAGUGAGCGGGUCCCGCGUGUCCUGCGUGGAGCUGCGGCGCUGGGACUGCGGCGGCGGCGACGAGCGCGGCCUGCUGACCGGCCAGUACCUGCUGCGGGCCGAGCGCGACCACACCGACUUCAUGGAGAUCAGAGUGGCAGUAGUAGGCAACGUAGACGCCGGCAAAUCCACACUUCUGGGCGUACUGACACACGGCGAACUCGACAACGGGAGAGGAUACGCGCGACAACGGCUGUUCAGACACAAACAUGAAAUGGAGAGCGGGCGGACCAGUUCUGUUGGCAACGAUAUCCUCGGCUUCGACAGUAUGGGCAACGUUGUGAACAAACCUGACCACGGAACGCUAGACUGGGUCAAAAUCUGCGAGAAGUCUUCCAAGGUCAUUACGUUCAUCGACCUCGCGGGCCACGAGCGCUACCUCAAGACCACAGUGUUCGGCAUGACGGGCCACGCGCCAGAUUUCGGCAUGCUUAUGAUAGGGGCGAACGCAGGAAUAGUGGGCAUGACCAAGGAGCACCUAGGGCUGGCGCUGGCGCUCUCCGUGCCCGUGUUCGUGGUGGUCACCAAGAUAGACAUGUGCCCGCCUAACAUUCUACAAGAUAACCUAAAGCUGCUGAUCAGGAUACUGAAGUCGUCCGGCUGCCGCAAGGUGCCCGUGAUGGUGAAGACGAAGGAUGACGUCAUCGUGAGCGCUACCAACUUCGUCUCACAAAGGCUAUGCCCAAUCUUCCUGGUGUCGAACGUGAGCGGCGAGAAUCUGGAACUGCUGACGAUGUUCCUGAACCUUCUGAAGACGCGGAUGCCGUCCAGCGACGACCAGCCCGCCGAGUUUCAGAUCGACGACACUUAUUCAGUGCCGGGCGUCGGCACCGUAGUGUCCGGCACGACUCUAGCCGGCGUGAUCCGACUGAACGACACGCUGCUGCUGGGGCCCGACCCGCUCGGCCGCUUCACGCCCAUCACCGUCAAGUCCAUCCACCGCAAGCGUAUGCAGGUGUCGGAGGUGCGCGGGGGGCAGACCGCCUCCUUCGCUCUCAAGAAGAUCAAGCGCUCGCAGAUACGGAAGGGCAUGGUGAUGGUAUCCCCCGCGCUGGAACCACAAGCCUGCUGGCAGUUCGAGGGCGAGAUCCUCGUCCUGCACCACCCCACCACCAUCAGCUCCCGCUACCAGGCCAUGGUGCACUGCGGCUCCAUCCGACAGACAGCCUCCAUUCUCUCCAUGUCGCGAGACUGCCUGAGAACGGGCGACAAGGCGCUGGUGCGGUUCAGGUUCAUCAAGCAUCCUGAGUACCUGAAGCGAGGGCAGAGGAUGGUGUUCCGCGAGGGCCGCACGAAGGCCGUGGGCAACGUGCUGCGCCCCGAGCCCGCCAGCGCCGCGCCGCGCCACAAGCCGCCGCCGCGUCACAAGCAGCGCGCGCCGCCGGCGACGCAGGGCGACGUCAGGGACAACGUCACGGUACGGUACAUACACAUGUGUUCCGCGAGGGCCGCACGAAGGCCGUGGGCAACGUGCUGCGCCCCGAGCCCGCCAGCGCCGCGCCGCGCCACAAGCCGCCGCCGCGUCACAAGCAGCGCGCGCCGCCGGCGACGCAGGGCGACGUCAGGGACAACGUCACGGUACGGUACAUACACAUGUGUUCCGCGAGGGCCGCACGAAGGCCGUGGGCAACGUGCUGCGCCCCGAGCCCGCCAGCGCCGCGCCGCGCCACAAGCCGCCGCCGCGUCACAAGCAGCGCGCGCCGCCGGCGACGCAGGGCGACGUCAGGGACAACGUCACGGUACGGUACAUACACAUGUGUUCCGCGAGGGCCGCACGAAGGCCGUGGGCAACGUGCUGCGCCCCGAGCCCGCCAGCGCCGCGCCGCGCCACAAGCCGCCGCCGCGUCACAAGCAGCGCGCGCCGCCGGCGACGCAGGGCGACGUCAGGGACAACGUCACGGUACGGUACAUACACAUGUGUUCCGCGAGGGCCGCACGAAGGCCGUGGGCAACGUGCUGCGCCCCGAGCCCGCCAGCGCCGCGCCGCGCCACAAGCCGCCGCCGCGUCACAAGCAGCGCGCGCCGCCGGCGACGCAGGGCGACGUCAGGGACAACGUCACGGUACGGUACAUACACAUGUGUUCCGCGAGGGCCGCACGAAGGCCGUGGGCAACGUGCUGCGCCCCGAGCCCGCCAGCGCCGCGCCGCGCCACAAGCCGCCGCCGCGUCACAAGCAGCGCGCGCCGCCGGCGACGCAGGGCGACGUCAGGGACAACGUCACGGAAGCGGACGUGACGACCCCCGACUCGCCCUUCGAGGUGCAAGCCGACAAGCGCGGCGCGGGCGCGGGUGGUGGUGGGGGUGGAGGGGGAGGGGGAGGGGGGCGGCGCGGCCGCAAGCGGCACGACAAGCCCGAGCCGCCCGCCGUCGCCGCCAACUAAACUAAGGGAGCUCCGACUUCAAUCACAGGCUUCGCCGCGGAUACGGACUUUCUAGAACACUGUGGAAUCUGGGUUUUUAUUUGGGUGUAUCAGACUCAGAGCGAGCCGCCUCGCCAAGAAAUUACCAUGUGAAGCCGCUCGGUCUGUGUAGACAUUUGGUCUGCGCUUGCCUCGGAGAGGCAGGCCUACAAUGUCUACAUAGAUCGAGUUGCUUCGAGUGGUUUGGUCACUUUUUACGGUACAUUUUACUGAUAGUAGCGGUAGUUUCUGAUGACGUUUUAAGUUAUCUGGUAAAAGUGCGAGACAUCAACCAUAUAAUCGGAAAUGUCAUCAAUUCCAUCGUUUGUAUUCUAUCCGUUUGUAAGAAAAAAGUACAAUUUUGCAGGCCACAACUCCACACACUAUUCUAGAGAGUCCGCUCCGAUUUCGCAGUGCUACAGAAAUUCACACCUUUAUUCAAAUUUUUAUAAAUAAAUAUUUUUCUAAUAGGUUCCUGGUAAAAAUCCGCUGGCGUAACUAUACGAAAAAUUCUAGGGAAUGGUUGUACUGAAAUUGUAUUGAAUUUCUUCAUUACAAAAAAAAAUUUAGUACCAGAAUCCGCCUAAAUUUUGUAAUCAAUAUAAUCCGUAUAAAAUUAGAAGCACAGUGUAUAAUCAAUGCUUGCUUACCAAUAGAAAUAUUAGAAAAACAGCCUCGGCCAACAUUUUACAACUAUACUAUAGCAUUGCUAGAUUCUUUCUCCAGGCACUAUAAUAUCAAGAGUACAAGGUACUUAGGAUCUAUUCACUAAGGUAGAUGUAAUAAUAAGACUGGAUCAUAUUCACAUGUAUGUACAGUUGAUCUUUACCAGCCAACAUUCCAAAAAUAUAUUCACACGCAUCUAAGACCGUGACAAUAAGGUCGUGUAAAUUUUUGGAACAUUGGCUUGUAAAUAUGUAAGUGAACUCAACCAUACUACAUAGUACAUUAAAGUAAUUUGUACUAUGGGUAGGACCAUGGGCCAUCACAUGAUGUUGGCAAACAAAUAGUUUUUCUCUGAAACUAUUUAUUUGUAUAACAAUAUCCUUCUGUGUGUGAGUAGAUGUAUCCAGUUGUGGUCUCAACAGAUUGUUCCAUAUUUUUGACAACUACUAUUCUUAUUGCUGUAAAAACGGGCGUUUACAUUUAUGUCUUAGACUCUAAUCUGAAAUAAAUAUCUUUCAUUGUCUAGAGAGAAAUAAUCUUUGAUUUAUAUAAUGUUUAUUAUUAUAUAUGUGGCAGUAAAAAUAUCUAAUCUUAUAUGCCAGGUUGUAUGAACAUACUUUGGUAUGUAAUUACUUAUAUAUUUUGUUUGAUUUCAGUAGCAAAACAAGUACUAUUGAUUGUAUUUUAAUUUAACUUGUUGUUCUUAUUAGUUAACUUGUGAUUAAAAAUGAUUGUUUUAUUAACAUUGUUGAAGCAAUAAACGUAAAUAUAUUGUGAUGUGAGCAGCUGAACUAUGAUGUUGUAUAUCAUAGUUUCCACGAGUUUUUGUGUUGUUUGGUAAGGAUAAUAGUGGACAUUUUUUGACAAUAGUGAUGACAAGCCAAUAUCUUGCCUGGUGCGAACUAGCACUAUGUCUACAGGCAUAUGUUAGAUAUUAUAUUAGUUGUAUUAGCGAGGCUAGCUGCUCUACUUCAUAUCAUAGUUUUAUUCAGUAUUUUAUUGUUUGCAGUACCAUUAUAAUAUGUGAUUUUUCUAGUUUAAGUGAGAGAAUAUUUUUAUUGAUUUGUUCUGAGUGAGGGAAAUUAAAAUAGCUCGAA